GUAAGCCGAGGACUACGGGAGUAGGGAGGGGUGUUUUGGGUAUUGUAGGCGGGAGCGUGUGAGCCUCGUGGGGUCCACGGGUCGGAGAAGGGAAUUGGCGAGGCGGGAAACGUGGGAAGCGUGCGGGAAGUGAGCGGGCUUGAAGUGGGGGAGGGUGACUGUUCGCCCAGCUAAAAUUUGGUUUGAAAUUCUUCAAAUUACUAAUUUUAAAUAAAAAUUAUAAAUAAAAUUUUUAAAAUUUAUUCCUGUAUUACAAAGUUUCUAAUUUUUUAAAAAAAUUCUAUUCUCUAUUCUAAUCAAAGAGUUAGGCUGAGGAUGAAAUUAAUCCAAAAUUAAUACAAGCUUCACUAAGAACAUGAAAAAAGGUGCUAAACUUCAUUAUUUAAAUUUUUUUUUUUGGAAACUUUAAAAUUUAAAAUUUGGUUACUUUUGUGCUACCUAUUAAUGUACUAUAUAAUAUAAUAUACAGUGUAUACAGUGUAUAGAGUAUGCUCACCUUCAAAAACGAGGAGCGAAGGCGCUUCGGAUUUUAACACAACAGCACCAAAACACUCCGCGGCUACUUCUCGACGCUCGAGGGCUUCGUCAGUGUUCAGUGAACUGCGCCGCCAUCGACUAGGGUUAGGGUUAGGGUUAGGGUUAGGGUUUCAUCCUCACGGCCAUGGACAAGGCGUGGGAGGACGCCGUAGCCGCGGCCCUCAAGCCAUCUACCUCCGCGGCGCCGCCGCCGCCGCCGCCGCGAACCCUAACCCUCGACGGCGCCGUGAAGUGCUCCAACGGUCGCCUCCCCGCGCCGCCGCUCCUCGAGCGGUUCCCGUCGCUCGAGCUCCUCUCCCUCGCCAACGUUCGCCUCUGCACGCUCGAGGGGUUCCCGCGCCUCCCGCGGCUCCGGCGCCUCGUCCUCUCCGACAACCGCGUCGCCGGAGGGCUCGCCGCGCUCGCCGCCGCGGGGCUCGCCGCGCUCCGCCACCUCGACCUCUCCAACAACCGGAUCGCGGCGGCCGAGGACCUCGCCCCCCUCGCGGCGCUGGGGCUCGAGUCCCUCGAUCUCUACGAGUGCCCAGUGACGAGGGUCGAGGGUUACAGGUCCAAGGUGUUCGGGAUGAUACCGUCGUUGAAGUACCUGGAUAAGAUCGAUGCGGAUGGGAAGGAGAGGUUGGAUUCGGACGAUGAGGAGGAGGACGAGGAAGAGGACGAAGAGGCGGAUGAAGAGGAGAUCGACGAGGAGGAAGGAGAGGAUGAGGAGGAGGAGGAGGAGGAGGAUGGAGAGGGGAGUGACGGAGAAGGCGAAGACGAUGAGAGCAAUGAAGAAGAAAGUGAAGGCGAAGAGCUUGAUGAGCACGGGAAAGAUCAGAGCUGCAAUGGCGCCCCACCAAAUCCACACUCUACGCCGAAUAAGAGGAAGAGGGAUGAAGAAGGUAAUAUUAAUGGUAAGAGUAAUGAGAGCUCGAGGCCCCUUAACACCACCAGUGGUUGAACAUGUAUGAACAUUUUGAAAAAUGGGUACUUAAUAUGUAGACUAAAGCGUUUUGAAAAAGAUGGGUACUAAUGUUGUAGGCUUUGCUAUGCGAAGAUUCCGAAAAAUAUUAUUGGUGAGUUCGCAUUCAGCAUUUGAACUUUCAAUUACCACACCAGAAAAGGCGAAGAACCUAUAAUGCUAAAGCAACUGACGAUUACGCAAAUAAUCCCGAAUCAUCAGUAAUAUUUUGCCCAACCUUCCAUAGUACAGCGAACAUUACUGUUUUGAGAAUUACUGAGGUUUUCUUCAGCUUUGGUGUUUAUCUUGGUAGCAUUUUUUUAAUUUUAAAUGACAUUUUUUAUCUAUAGAUUACCUCAAUCAAUAGAUAGAAGAUGAAUACAAGAUAUUUAUCCAUGCAUUAUUUUUUGUAGUUGGAAUAUUUGGGUAGAUUAUUAUGGUAAAACUCUGUUUCUCUCUC